AUGUCUGGUGGUACUCUAGCUGGAGAGGAUAGUCUCCAGCAGAUCAAAGGAUGGGUCGAGUUGUUGGAGGAUACGAAGCCUGAUGAAACUCCCGAUUUUGUAGAGGCAGUUGCAGCAGUAAGAAAAAGGACGCUCUUUAUUGACCAUGUCUCUCGCGGUAUUGUAAUAUCAAAUAUCAUCGAUUUCUUCAAAGAUGUUGCCAAACUUGUUCGUGUUCAAAUUGCUCUAAACCCCAAUGGCAAGCGUCGGUCCUGUGGCUUUGUUGAGUUUGCUUCUGCUAACGAAGCAAACAAGGCUCUGGAAAAGAAGAAUGGUGAAUAUUUGUUUGGUAAUAAGAUUGCUCUUCUUGGCGUGGCUGACAUAGCUCCCUACCCUCCACGACCACCACGACCCAAUUAUUGCAUAGAUCACAACGUUUGGUACGAAGACUACCUUCUAAGAGAAAGCCUUCCGAUAGAAGAAGAGGAGACACCUCCCGAUUUUGUUGAGAUAGUUGCAGCAAGACUACAGACGCUCUUUCUUGCCAAUCUCUCUCCCCAAACUAGAAUAUUACAUAUCAUCAGCUUUUUCGAAGAUGUUGAAGUUGAAGUCGUUAGUGUUCGACUUAUUGUAAACCCCGAGGGUAAGCAUGUGGGCUAUGGCUUUGUUGAGUUUGCUUAUGCUUACGAAGCAAAGAAGACGCUGAAAAAGAAAAAUGGCAAAUAUUUGCAUGAUCGUAAGAUUUCACUUCACUUGGCUAAGACAGCUCCAUACUCUCCACGACCCAAGUACAACCUUGUAGAGAAGCUUUGGUACGAAGACUACCUUCGACGAGAAAGCAGUCUGGUACUAGAAGAUGAGACACUGGAAGGACUUGAUGAAACUCACAUUUUUGUUCAGGCAGUUGCGGUAAGAAAAAAGACGCUCUGUGUUUCCGAUUUAUAUCACAAAACUAAAAUAUCAGAUCUCAUCAAUUUCUUUAAAGAUGUUGCAACAGUUGUUCAUGUUCGACUUGCUGUAAACCACAAUGGCAAGCAACUUGACUAUGGCUUUGUUGAGUUUGCUUCUGCUACCGAAGCAAAGAAGGCGCUGGAAAAAGAUGGUGAAUAUUUGCACAAUCGCAAGAUUCAUCUUGAUGUGGCUAAGACUGAUCCUCCAUGCUCUUCUCCACAGCCCAAGUAUUUCAUAGAUCACAAGGUUUGGUAUGAAGACUACCUUCGACAAGAAAGCCUCCUGAUAGAAGAAGAUGAGGCAGUGGAAGGACUUGAUGAAACACCCAAUUUUGUUGAGGAAGUUGCCGUAAGAAAAAGGACUCUCUUUAUUUCAAAUCUCUCUUUAAAAACUAAAGUACUAGACAUCAUCAAUUUCUUUGGAGAUGUUGGAGAAGUUUUAAGUGUUCGACUUAUAGUAAACAGCUGGGGUGGCCGUGUUGGCUGUGGCUUUGUUGAGUUUGCUUCUGCUAACAAAGCAAAGGAGGCGCUGCAAAAGAAGAACGGAGGAAAAUUGCAGCGUCAUUAUAUUUCUCUUGAUGUGGCUGAGAUAGCUCCAUACCCUCUCCGACCCAAGUACAACCUUGCAGAGAAGCUUUGGAACGAAGACUGCCUUCGACAAGAAAGCCUUAUGAUAGAAGAAGAUGAUUGGAAGACAAAACCCAAUAGGAAAAUGAAGCUCUAUGGGGUUCAUAAGAAGGUAAUCUUCAGUGUAUCUCGCGGUAAGAAGAUUACCUUCUCUGACGACGACAAGUGAUAGAAGAAGAAGAAGCUCUUUAGCGUUUUUAACUUGUGAUACAAUGCUACUUUUUUUUAACUAGCUGGGUUUUUCAGAAAAUGUUUUUCACUCCCUUAAGCCGUUGCUCUUUGACUGUUGUCAUGAAAGCAUAAGUUAUGUUCUUGUAAUUUAAUGGAUUCAAGUUAUGUUACUAGAAGCUCAGCUUUGUUUU